AUCCCGAUCAUCAGCACUCUCGUUCACUGAUUACUCUGUCCACUCGCUCGUUAUCAGCUCUCCAGCCCGUCAAAUUCAUCACAUCAACAAGCUUCAAGCUCGAGUUCAACCCCCACAACAGACACAAUGAAGACCGCCGCUGCCGCCACCGUCCUCUCCCUGGCCACCAUUGCCGCCGCCCAGUCCUUCUGCGCUAUCACCUGCUUCCAGAAUGUCGUCACCGAGUUCCCUCCUCUCGACUGCACUGAGGCCAACAUGUACCUCUGCUUCUGCAAGAGCACCUCCCUUCAGGGCCACUUCCUUGACUGCGUCUACGAUGACUGCGCCGCUGAGGCCGAAUCUGCUGUCGCCUUUGGCGUGAACCUCUGCUCGGAGCUCGGUGCCCCCAUCACUGUUCCUCCCCGCGAGCCCACGACCACCGCCGCUGCUGUGACCACCACCACUGCUGCCGCCGUGACCACCACUGCUGCCGCCGUGACCACCACCACCGCUGCCGCCCCCCAGUCCGAGGCCCCUGUUGAGUCUGAGGCCCCUGUUGAGUCUGAGGCUCCCGUUGAGUCCGAGGCCCCUGCCGCCCCUUCCACCACUGCCGCCGCCGUCACCACCGAUGCUGCUGCCCCCAGCUACGCUGCCCCCUCCGAGUCUGCUGCUGAGUCUGCCGCUCCCUCCGCCGCUCCCUCCGCUGCUCCCUCCGCCGAUGACGACGAGCACACCACCACCGUCGCUUCCGUCCCCACUGCCUCCGGCAACGGCACCAGCGCUGUCCCCACCACUGUUGAGGUCGAUGCUGGUGUUAUCAACUCCGCCUCCGGCCUCCUCGUCGCCGCCGGCGCCGUCCUCGUUGCCGCUCAGCUCAUCUAAGCGCUCGUCGCUUCGGGUGCCUGGUAGGGCAAGGGCUCUCAGAGUCUUGGUAAGAAGGAAGGUGGUUUCUUUUCGCUUCUGCUCAGUGCCGCUCUCAUGGGGGCAGGGCUUAGGAGAAAGGACGUAAUAAUGUUGUACGAUUCUCUGAUUAUAUAGAGGCGUUAGCUCGCCCUCACUAAUCACAUUAAUACAGGC